UCUGAAACAACAGAGGAUGAAGACCAAUUUGAGACCAAAGAAGAUGGUGGGGAUGUUGAGGACCAGGCUGUGCAUACAGUGAUGGACAAAUGUGCAGAAGAUGACAAUAGGACACAUGGACACGAGGAUCACUCCAGCACAACCAGGAGCCAGUCAGAGAAUUUUUCAAGAGAAUCUCCCCCAGAAGUCCUCCCACCUCCAUCACCGAGACUUGUCAAACGCCCCUCCACCUCUCCAAUGCCAAGUCGCUCUGGUUCCACUACACCUCUCAGCUUGCGGAAGAAAAUUGUUGUGCCAACUGAAUACCAAGACACAGUACCUGGGGAGUUUGAAGAAAAGGUUAAACAGCCAAAAUCCGUGUCCCAAAGCAGUAACUUGGACUCCCGACCACAGACUCCACUGAGCGAGUACUCUCGGAAAGAAUUUACUCUUAGACCAUCACCAAAGCUUACCAGGGCAAGCUCAAAGGUUUUUGAGAAAGUCCGUGGCUUAGAAGAGCGGAGACGAAGCCUUGAUAUUCCAGAAGGUUCCAUCUCGGGAAGAUCUUGGGCUGGGUUCAAUCUUGCUGGAUCUGUAGAUUCAGAUGAUGGAGGAAGCCGGUUGGGCAUCUCUAGAGAAAGUUCAAAGGAAGAUCUAAGGGAAGCUUUGAAAGAGGAUGCUGCUGAACGGAGAUCUAUGUUUAGACAGAGAGCUGCUUCACUGGAGGAGAAACCUCGCUACUCCCAAAAAGUUCAGGACAUUGAGAACAAGUUCACUGAAGAACUCCAGCGCAUUAAGAAACUUGUUGGUAAGCCUCAUCUGAAGAAGUCUUUUUCAACUGAACAGCUCACCCUGAAGAGCAAGCAGCGGCAGCCUCUCAGGAAAAUAGAACCUAUUCCUCCACAAGUCCUUCAAAAGCUCCAAGAAAGGGAACGUGCCCAGUGGGCAAAGGAACAGAGAGGAAAGGAACUAAGUCAGCAACCAAUGCAUCAACAACAGCAAACACAGCAAGAACAGCAUAAAUCCCUCCCCCAAAACACAGCAAGCACUGGUUCAACAACUUUAACUGUCAGUAGAUUUGGAGAAGUUGCAGGCACCCCAGAGUCCAUGCAGUUGUCUGACUUACCAGGACAACGAUCAGUGAGAGAAUUAAGCAGAGUCAGUCCAGUUACAGAAGUCAUUCAGAGAUCAUCAUCACCAGCGUUAUAUUAUCAACAAAGGGAAGAGUCACCAAGCCGAAAUGUUACUGAGAUGACAUUACGCAAGGUUGAACGUAGGCCACCAAGUCCACUUGUACAAAGGGUAUCUCGAAUGCAAGAAUCCCAGUACAUCCAAGAAUCUCCUGUGCAAACAGUACAAAAGGACGAGACUUUGGGGAGAAAGACACCUAUAGAACUAGUAUUACGAAAAAUUGAAAACAGACCUGAAAGUCCACUGGUACAAAAAAGAUCUGUCAUUGUACAAGAUCUUUCUCCUCCAAAACCCCCAAGGAUGUCACCAGUCACUCCCACGGAGGAGAAAAUGGAAGUGGAGCUUUCCAAACCAGCCUUAAAGAUAAGAAUCCCCGCAAUUGUUGUUGAAGAUGAAAAGAUGGAAGAAGAUGUUCCUGUGAAGACAAGUGAGCCUCAGCAGAUUAGUGCCAAAGAGGCACGACAGCAGAAGACUAAAGUAAAAAACCGUCGCCCUCGACCCCUGUCUCCAGAGUUAGAUUCUUCAGAUGAUUCUUAUGUGUCUGCUGAAGAGGACCCAAUGGAGGCCCCUGUGUUUGAGUUUCCCAUCCAGGACACUGUAGCAUCUGCCGGUGCAGAUGUGCUUCUAAAAUGUAUCAUUGCUGGCACUCCCAUUCCUGAAGUUACCUGGACGAAAGACAACACUGACAUCGCCAGCAUUGCAAAUUACACAGUCAAAGUGGAGGGUGAACGCCACAGUCUGCUCAUCAAAUCAGCUAGAAUAAGUGAUGGCGGAAAAUACUGUGUAACUGCUGUUAAUCAGGUGGGCAGAGCGACCAGCAGUGCCACCCUUACAGUUAAAGCAGAGGCUGUACAUGAGCCGAAGGGAAACCUGGGCUUGCCUAUGGAUAUCAGCAGUCCUAUUACAUCUGAUGAGGAGUAUCUCAGUCCCCUGGAGGAAGGCAUGGAUUUUGGAGGGCCAGAGCCAAGGCGAACUAUUGAUACUCGAUUCAGGAAACCCCCUGCAUUCCUGGUAACGACGACUGAUCAAGCUGUCAUUGAAGGACAGGAAGUCACAAUGUCUGUCCGAAUAAGUGGACAACCCAAACCCAUGCUCUAUUGGCUGAGGGACAGAGUUACGGUAAAAACAGGGCCACGUCACAUUGUACGUGAGACAGAAGAUGGCACUUUUGAAAUGACCAUCAAGUCAGCAGUGAGAUCAGACGCUGGGGUUUACACCUGUAAGAUCAUUAAUGAGUAUGGGACAAAGCAGUGUGAAGGAAAGCUGGAGGUAAAAGCGCCACCAGUUGAGCCAGGUCUGGCGGUCAUACGCCCGGUCAGGGACAUCACAGCCAAGGCUGGAGAGACAGUUAUGUUUGAGUGUCAUAUCAUCGGACCGAAGGACACCGACGUGGACUGGCUUGCAGAUGGUAAGCUGAUCCAGCCGGCAUUGCUCAACUGUAAGAUGCACUUUGAUGGAAGAAAAUGCCGGCUGCUGCUCAACUCUGUGCACGAGGAUGACAGCGGGACAUACAUGUGCAAGCUUAGCACAGCUAAAGAGGAAGUGACUUCAUGUGGCAAACUCAAAGUCAUCCCUUCGAUUGAACCUCUCUUCACUCGCAAGCUGGACGUUCUAGAAGUCAUUGAGGGGCGUAAUGCUCGAUUUGAUUGCAAAGUUAGUGGGACGCCAUCUCCUAAGGUCAUCUGGAGUCACUUUGAUCAUCCGCUCACAGAAAGUGAGGACAUUCGUAUUCUUCAGGAGGGCGGCCGCCACUCUCUCAUCAUUUCUCACGUGACCAAUGAGGACGAGGGUUUUUACACUGUUACGGCUCAUAACAGUCACGGUGAUGCAGAGACCUCCGCUGAACUUUACAUACAAGAGCCGCGGCCAGCCAUCUCCGCACAGAUGUCUAAACUGGAGAAGAUGCCAUCGAUCCCAGAGGAACCAGAGGUCCCAGAGAAUGAGGUGGAGCGCUUCACUAUGCCUGACUUCAUCAAACCCCUUUAUGACCUAGAUGUGAUCGAGGGAAAGGAGGCUGUGCUCAAAUGUAAAGUGGCUGGCUUGCCAUACCCCACCAUCGUUUGGUUCCACAACGGCAAAAAGAUUGAGAGCACAGAGGACAGAAAGAUGACACAGUUUCGUGACGUCCACAGCCUGGUCAUCCGCUCUGUGUGCCAUGCCCACGGUGGUGUCUACAAGAGUGUCAUCUCUAACAAAGUUGGCAAGGCCACCUGCUAUGCUCAUCUCUAUGUCACAGAUAUCCUUCCUGACCCUCCUGAUGGGACUCCAGUGAUAGAAUCCAUCACUGGUAAAACCAUCACCUUAAGCUGGAAGAAACCAAGAAGACUGGACCCUUCCAUUGAUCCCAGCUCCCUGAUGUAUGCCAUCCAACAACAAGCCCUGGGCUCCAUUCAGUGGACUAUCAUUGCUUCGGGCCUGAAGGAGACCACCUUCACUAUCACCACCCUCUCCAAAAAUGUGCGAUAUGCUUUCAGGGUCCUGACCAUUACUUCCAAAGCCUUCAGCAAGCCCUCACCUGCCACUGACCCAGUGCAGCUCCUGGACCGAGGUGCCUAUCUUCAGGAGGCUCCAGUGAUUAUAGAUAAGCCAGAAAUUGUUUAUGUGAUUGAAAACCAGUCAGUCACCAUCACUGUCACCCUUAAUCAUGUCAACGCUGCAGUCAUCUGGAAGAGGAGGGGAGUGGUCUUGGCCAACAAGCCAGGCCUGUACGAGAUGACAAUGCCAGAUGACGACCAGCACACACUGAAGCUGCUCAAAGUGAAGAGUGCUGACAUCGGAGAGAUGGGGUUUGUGGCCUCCAACAAGUAUGGCAGCGACAGCUGCACCUUCGACGUGGAGAUGGCAGCUCCACCGACAUUUGAAACUAUCAUGGAGGACUUAGACGUUUGUGCUGGGGAGACCCCUCGAUUUGCUGUGGUUGUGGAGGGCAAACCCAUUCCUGACAUCCUCUGGUUCAAGAAUGAUGUCCUGCUGUCGGAGAGCGGUCAUUACACAUUUGUGUAUGAUGAUAAUGAAUGUUCCUUGGUGGUCCUAAACGCUCGUCCGGAAGACUCUGGGGUUUACACCUGCACUGCUAGGAACUUGGCAGGAUCUGUGUCCUGUAAAGCUGAACUCACCAUUCAUGAAGCCAAACGUAAAGAAGAUCCAAUGGACGAUGAGGAGACUAUUCGAAGGAAAAUGCGCAGACUGACUGACCACUAUGACAUCCAUAAAGAAAUUGGAAGAGGUGCAUUUUCCUAUGUGAAACGUGUGACCCAGAAGGUAGGCAAACUGGAGUUUGCUGCAAAGUUCAUCUCCACACGGGCCAAGAAGAAGGCGUCUGCUCUUAAAGAGCUGAACCUGCUUUCCAAGCUGGACCACGAGAGAAUACUUUACUUCCAUGACGCCUUUGAGAAAAAGAAUGCAGUCAUCAUCAUUACUGAAAUAUGCCACGAGGAGAUGCUUGACAGAUUUACAAGGAAAUCUACAGUGAUGGAGUCUGAUGUACGUUCAUGUAUAAGACAACUGCUUGAGGGAGUGGAUUACCUUCAUCAUCUAAACAUCAUUCACCUGGACAUUAAGCCUGAUAACAUCCUCAUGUCAGACCCCCACAGUGAUCAGAUCCGACUCUGUGACUUUGGCAACGCAGUGGGGAUCACACCUGAUGAGGCUCAAUACUGCAAAUAUGGCACACCAGAAUUUGUGGCACCAGAAAUUGUCAAUCAGACCCCUGUGUCAAAAGCAUCAGACAUCUGGUCAAUAGGAGUGAUUGCAUAUCUGUGUCUGACAGGAGUUUCUCCAUUUGCUGGAGAGAAUGACCGAAGCUCCUUAAUGAACAUCAGAAACUAUAAUGUGGCCUUUGAGGAGAGCAUGUUCGCUGACCUUUGCAGAGAGGCUAAAGGGUUCAUCAUAAAGCUGCUGGUAGCAGACAGGCUGAGACCUGAUACUCAGGAAUGUCUCCGACACCCCUGGUUCAAGACACUUAGCAAGGGGAAGGCAAUGAGUACAGAGGCUCUGAGGAAGUUUAUAUCUCGCAGAAAAUGGCAGCGUUCACUAAUCAGCUAUAAAUCAAAAAUGGUCAUGAGGUCCAUACCCGAGUUGCUGAAUGAUUCCUCCAGCCAUAUCUCCAUUGCAGUUCCCAGGCACCUUAAAGAAGGUUCACCUUUGCCAUCAUCAUCCUCAGAUUCUGAUGAAGACAUUGAUGAACUGCCAUUUAUUCCAAUGCCCGUUAACAUGGAAUUCUCUGGAUCAAGGAUGUCAUUGAAUGACAUCCAGACCAAUGAGCAGGAAACAGGAAAUCAGGAUGGAACAAGUAAAUGGUCUGGGUCUUCUGUUCAAGCCCAGGAAGCAAUGGAGUGUGACCCUAAACAAUUGGAUAAAGAAGGGAUUGAAUUAACAGGUAAAGGCCGUCUGCGUAUAAGAUUGUCGCAAGACAAUGACAGGGGUUCGUCAGAUGAAGAACCACCUGCUGAACUGCCGCAAAAGUCAGAGCUGACCAGAAAACCCCUGCGAAGAGGAUCAAGUAUGGAGUCAGACAAACCAGAAGGUGGACGCCGAAGAGGAGAGCUAAGACGUGGAGGCUCAGCUGACAGUGCGUUGCUGCUAAGGAUUCCACUUGAGGAAGGAGCUGAAGAAGGAAACCAAGAGGAUGGCAGGAGAGUUCUCAAGAAAGCUGUCUCUAUGGAGCUACCAAGGAGAAGCACCAGUCCAGGAACUGCCAAGAUGAGUCAAGAAGAUUAUGCUCUUAAACUAGAGCUGAUGAGACAACGACUGCUACGCGGGGGCUCUGUGGACAACAAGAUGAGUGGACUGAGAGGACCCCUGUUAGAAACUUUAGGAAUGGGAGAUGAAAAACGUGCAAUAUCCUCAGAUCGCUACUCUCGUACUGCUCGUUUGGGCCCACCUCCACUGACUAGAGCUGCAUCCAGCGAUUCCGCACGGGACGAAGUUCCCAAACCCAAAGUUUUGCGCAAAACAGCUUCUUUCAGUCAAGGUGAUUCAGAACCCAUAGCUUUACACCGCCGGUCAGGAGCUCCUUUGGAGAUUCCCUUGGCACAGAUAGAAGAAAGAAGGCUCAAGGAGGCUAUAUCUAUGUCAGCGCUCACUGAGCAAACCAAGCUAGAUUCCCGUCCAGUGACUCCCAGGGACCCUUCACCAAAACUGCCAACACCAGAGUCUGUUGUGCGGGAAAGUCCAACCAAAGCAGAAAGCGAGGAAUCAUUCAUGGAAAAAGAGAUUAAACCUGACACUGAGUCUAUGAAUGAAAAGAUGGAUGGGUUGACUACAGAUAGUAACUUUGAUGAGAGAUCAAGCACAAGUGGAUUCUCAGAGAAGGACAUGAGCAUUUCAGAAGAACCAAUGAUUGAAUCAGAGUAUAUGGGCCAGGGAAUUCCUACACCUCCUCUUGUGGUCCAAAGCUCCAAACUAGAAGAAAAGAUGGAGGAAGAAGAAGAAAAAGAACAAGAAGAAAAAGAAGAGCUUAUGAAAGAAGAGGAAAGAAUUGUCUGUGUUGCUGAAUCAAAUGCUAAAGAGAAUGUAGAAGUUUCUGAAGAAAAGUUAGAAGAAGAAGUAAAUAUGCCUGCUAAAUCUUCUGAUAUGAUCAUAACCACAAGCUCAGUUAUGGUGAAACCAACACAAGAAUAUUCCCAUCCCCCAGCAAAUGUUGUGUCAACUUAUGUAACACCCUCGCUUCCUGCUCGAGUUGUUCUUCCAGAUGGAAGGACUUCAGCAUAUGCAAGUAUUAUGCAGACCAUUAUGGUUCCUUCAGUUCAGCCUUUCAAUGAGGAAACUUUAGGCCCCUCUACACCUGUUGUUGUUCCAGCCACCUCAUCAUCCUCCGUAUCAACUGAAACAUUUUUACCCACAUCUUCACCUGCCAGCAUGUCCUCUGCUUUACCUGGUUCAAAGCCCGCCAUCAUGUCAACCACCGAGCACCCUGCUGUAUACUCCAGGGUAGCUUCCCCAGAAAUGAUCACAAAAGAACCCAGUCCACCAAAAACUACCACACAUUCCUCAUCCCAUCAACAGCUCUCGGAAGGAGUUGACUUAGAGGACAUUACCUCUGAAGAGGUCUUUGAGGCACGCUUCAAAAAACGUGAGUCUUCCCUCUCAAGAAGUCUAAAAUUUCUGUCCCGGUCAAAGAAUGAGGACAAAUCUCAAGCGACUUCAUCAGACUCAACAGAGUCAGGUGAAGACAUAUACAGACCUGGGCCAAUUGGUGCACCAUUGGAAUUAGCACCAAGGAGACUUGAGGAAAAGUCCAAGUCGGUCCAGGACCUUCGUGAAGCUCAAAAGGACCAAGGCUUUAUGAGAAGGCUCUCUAUGCGCCUGAAGAGAACUCCAUCAGCCGAGCGCAAGGAUGACACGACCAAAGAAGAAGAUUCAGUUGCUUCAAGGCGUAGGCUCUCUUGGACUCUCGGCCGGAGAGGAUCACAGGACAAGAAGGAAGUAGAGAUGAUGCGCAUGGAUGGCGGAGGUGAUACGUUGGUGGAACAAGAUGAAAAGGAGCUUAAGAAACCUAAUGAAUCACCGGUCUUGGCAAUGCGUAGAAAGAUUGAAUCAACAGUGGCUGGGAUCUCCACAAGAAUUCGCAGCUUCUCAGAGGAGCGGAGAGCAUCAGAGGAAAAGGAACCCAAGAGGACACCCAUUCUUUCCAUGCUUCGUCGUUCAACAUCAGAGAGCCGUGCCAUGAAGGUUGCCAGUGUUCCUCAGAACCAGCUGGCAUCUCAGGCCAGUAAUGGUGCCUCAUCAGAGUCUAUAGACUCCAUGUCCAGCCUAAAGUCAGAUAUAUCAAAGGGUCUGGAAGGUGAGCGCAGAUCUCGCUGGGACCGGUGGGGCCUGACGAGAGGGAAGCGAGACAAAACAGUAUCACAGCCUGACAUACCAAGUGCAAUCUCCAGAGAAAAUAGUUCCCUACGUUCACGCCAGUACUCCAGACUGGCUUCUGAUUUCCCUCCAGUAUUCCACAUUAAGCUGAGAGAUCAUGUCCUGCUAGAGGGGGAUCCAGUCACACUCAGCUGUCUGCCAGCAGGCAGCCCCCACCCAAACAUCACCUGGAUGAAAGAUAAGAAGCCCCUGGAGAUUGAUGCCAGGAUGAACAUGAUAGCCUGCCCUGAUGGCCGGCAGCUACUGAUGAUCAUGCAGACCACCAAAAAAGAUGCAGGGGUCUAUGAAUGUGUUGCUACAAACCCCCUGGCCUCUGUGUCCAGCUCUUGCACAAUAUCUCUUGCUCGUCUGCCCAAUCGUCCUGGAACCCCUGAAAUACCUCAGAAGUACAACAACACAGCCUUGGUACUGUGGAGGCCCUCAGACACCAUGGCCCCCUGCACAUACUCUCUGGAGAGGAGAGCAGAGGGUGAGACCAACUGGUUGAUUGUGGCUACAGGAGUGGCAGACUGUUAUUACAAUGUGGUUGACUUGCCAGCAGGGGGCUCCUUCAGGUUUAGGGUGGCAUGUGUCAAUAAAGCCGGCCAGGGCCCCUACAGCAACCUCUCAGAAGUGGUGAGCCUUGAUGUUUCAGAACCGGCUAAAUCCAGUGCUACUGUGGUGGUCAAGACUGUCCCUGCAACUACUCCUCCCCCCCCUGUGGUGAUGAUGUCAUCCAUGAAAGUGCCUCCCAUUAAACCAGCUCCCAGUAAAUCCACUACAGGAACACCUGUCCCUCCCUCGACUUCAUCGCCUGCUCCAUCUGUGGCUGAAUCUGCUUCUCCAGCAACCAUCAAACCCACUGUGCAGGUUGAUGCUAGCCGUCCUGCGGUUACUCCGCCCGCAACUGCAGCCCCUUCCGAAAAGGCUCCUGUUCAGAUAACCACAGCAGCCCAAGCCACGCCAGGCAAAGCCAAGACCACCCUUAGCAUCAGUGUCAGCAAACCCCAAGCCAAACUGGCACCUCCCCCUGUUGUCCCACCCAAACCUCAGAGUCCUGUAAAUGCAGUCCCCACCAUAACCAACAAACCGCCUUCUCCUGUGCCACCACCUGCACGUGUCAUCGGGAAACCUAUUUCAUCUGUUCCCAUGUACGUGCCAGCUGCGACCAUUCGUGUUACUCCGCCUUCUGAAUCUAGUUCCACCCCGACAACCACCACCCCUUCAGUCGCUCCUGUGACUGUCUCACCUCCCGUGGUGGUGGUGCAGAGCUUGACACCAGUGCUGCAGGCUGGGGACAGCCGGAGUACCCCAUCUGGACGGGUCACACCAUCGGGACGGGCCACACCUUCGGGACGCAGGACGCCGUUGGGCAAGCCUGGGGAGGGAUCUCUGCGCCAGGGAGUUCCACAGAAGCCUUACACCUUCAUGGAUGAGAAAGCAAGGGGUCGGUUUGGUGUGAUCCGUGAGUGCCGGGAAAACGCCACAGGUAACCUCUUUAUGGCCAAGAUUGUUCCAUAUGAGGCCGACAGCAAGCAGGAGGUGCUGCAGGAAUACGACAUCCUCAAGUCACUCCAUCAUGAAAGGGUCAUGGCUCUGCAUGAAGCGUAUGUCACACCGCGCUACCUGGUGCUUAUCUCUGAGUACUGCAGUGGGAAGGAGCUGCUCUUCAGCCUCAUAGACAGAUUCCGUUACUCAGAGGAUGAUGUGGUGACCUACAUUGUGCAGAUCCUCCAGGGUCUGGACUAUCUCCAUAACCGACGCAUCCUCCACCUGGACAUCAAGCCAGAGAACGUCAUCGUCACCUACAUGAACGUCAUCAAGAUCAUUGACUUUGGCAGUGCUCAGACUUACAACCCUCUCUUCCUCAAGCAGUUUAGCCCUCCUAUUGGAACACUGGAGUAUAUGUCUCCUGAGAUGUUGAAAGGGGAUGUUGUAGGCCCUCCAGCUGACAUCUGGAGCGUGGGCGUACUGACUUUCAUCAUGUUGAGCGGCAGGUCGCCUUUCAUGGAGAAUGAUCCUCAGGAGACUGAAGCCAGGAUCCAGGCGGCAAAGUUUGACCUCUCUAAACUCUACCAGAAUGUGUCCCAAAGUGCCUCUCUGUUUCUUAAAAAGAUCCUCUGUAGCUACCCUUGGGCCCGUCCCUCAAUUAAGGACUGCUUCAAUAACUCCUGGCUUCAAGAUGCCUACCUGAUGCGCCUUCGUAGGCAGACCCUCACCUUUACAACCACCCGUCUCAAGGAAUUCUUGGCUGACCAGCAGCGGAGGCGAGAGCAGGUGGCCACCAAGCACAAAGUUCUCCUGCGGUCCUACCAGAGCUCGCCACAAACCCCCACCAGCCCCGCCAAGCCAAAUGUGCCAAUUUCAUCGACCACACCUGUCGCACAGUGAAAACAGGCUUCCAAACACCUGUCGAUGGGACUUAAAGGGAAGGGGGGAUUUCCUCAGACAAGACUUUGGGCUGCAGGGUGGGGUGGUCCCUUCAGGUUUGAGUUGUUGAACUCAAGAAAUCUACAGAGACAUCACUUCUUUUUCUUUUCUGGUUCUGAAAGAGAAUCUAAAAGACUGUUUUCAGACUGGUGGGAACUCUUACAAGUUACAAGAGCCUGACUGCAUUUUUUAUAUGGUGGACCUUGUUCAUACAAGGCAGGAUGUUGUCUUCAAGUUAGUACCUCAAGGUUUGUAACUUUGCAUACAUUUUGGAUAAAUUACUUCCUUUCUUACUGUAAACUUUACAAUGAUUAGAGGGGACACGUGCUAACACGUUGUAGUAACCCACCAUGGAAGGCCUAAAAUUGCUGUCGAGUUAAAAACAUUGUUUUAUUUAAGCACAAGGUAUCCAAGUAAGAUUCCAAAAGUAAUGAAUGCACAAUUUCAGAAGUGCUAACACAACUCUACUAUGUCAUGCAAAUGGUAAAUAUUGUUCUCCAUAAACGUAAGCCAACUUUACUGUAAUUAAAUCAGUGUUAUAUGCUACGUUGCCAGAGUUUUUAUACUGCUGUAGCAUCUCAAGGAUUGGCAAGAUUGUAGCAGUACCAUAAACUUUUUUUUUUUGAGUUUUUAAAAUUGAGGUCAGAGGAUACAAUGGAGGAUGCUCCAGAAGGGCUAUAAGAAAAAGGACUCUUACAAUCAGCACACAUUUCUUCCCCAAUGUAAAUAGGAUAGUAAUAAUUCUCCCAUUCUCAAAAUCAGAAUUCAUUUGUUUGAAAUUUUUAUUAGAUCAUGAUUUUUUGCCCCAAUGAAUGACACGGACAGCACAAGUGACUCCAUGCAGGACUGUCACUGUGCUGGAGCUUUGCAAGCACUAGUUCCUUCACCACAAAUAAGCUAAGAACCACCCCAUUGGCUUCCAGGUAAACUCUUCCGCUCAGCCAAGUGUAACGGAUCCAGUCAUGCAGAGAUAUUCACACUCCUCUCUGAGUUUUCUAAAAUGAGGUUGACAAUUUUGCUGAGUCAGUCAGUCAAUGUAUUCUUAGCCUGUGCGUUCAGAACUUUGCAUGAGACACAAGACGCUCAUUAAAAGUAAGAAUAUUCAGGGUGAAACUCAAUUGCUUUAGAAAUCCACUGGUGAUAUUGGGGUUCCUCCAAGUGCCCUUAACCAGUAAGCAUUAAUCAGCAUAAAAAUAGCCUCUACAAUUCAUUAAGAAAGGAUGUUUAUGAAGACGUUGUUGAGUGUAUUAGUUCUUAUUUUAGCUGUAAUUUUAAAUUGCUAACAGCUACUGCUUGGGAAAAAAAGGGUUUGCUUUAUAAGGAUUUUUAUAAAUAGCAGUUUUUAAAUGGCAGAACUGUUUAUAAAUAAAGCUAAGUAAGAUUUGAAAGGGUUAUAAUUAGCAUUAUAUUUUACAUAAAUUAUUAUUUAAUUUAAUUAAGUGUUGACCAAAGGGUUUCCAGCCCUUACAAGCUUACAAGACACUGCACACAGUGAUCAAAACAUAAAUUCAAAUCAUAUGCGGCAUUGCAGCCCCUGCGGACAUGAAAUCAUCUCUUUGUUCAUGAUCACAAGAAUGUAAAUCAGAGGAUACAUGCCUCCUAAAGUAGUUGAUUUUUAAACCCUUGCAAAAUGGGUACAGUAAACCUCGUUUUUUCACUCUGGUUUGAGGCACAUAAAACAUAUAACUUGUCCUCUUCAGCGUCAGUAUUGACGACUGCAAUUGGACACAUUCUCACAUUUGUCCCUUGGUUAUAUUGAAAGUAGAAUAUGACUUGAAUAACAACUAAUAUGAGAAACAACUAUUUGGUUUACAGUAUAGUCUAUUUCCAAACGUAUUGUUAAUAUCCUCUUUUGCCCAAGCAAGGUUCAUCCUUAAUAUUUAAUAGUCCACCGUCCCGCAUACUAUACUACCAUAGAGUAAAUUCCUGUAGAUUUACUUUAUCAUUACACUGAUCAUAAAUCAGUGAUACAUCGAUCAUUUGAUCUAUCCUCAUUAUUUUAAAUAAUAAAUAAAUGGCUGUGUUGUUUUGUUUCUUUGAUAUUGCUUUGCCUUGUCAGGGCAAAUUCAGUUUGAAGACCAGCAUGGGAAACAUUUGCACAAAUCAUUUGAUCAUUUUGCUGUCACAUGUAUUGAUAUCAAGCACAGAUUUGCUCACUUGACCCGCAAAGUGUUAUUUCUGUGACAGAUUGGAUUCAUUUAAUAGAAGGCUGAGCCACAUUCAGCACACUCAUGAGUUGUUUUAAUAUGUGCAUUGACUGACAGAGAUCGUUGGUAAUUGUAUGAAAUUAUUUUACUAGUUCUAUAUAUUCUGAUGCUAUUGCUAGAUAAAUACUGCCCUUUUUCUGCAGCUCGUUGUCUUUGUGGCUCAGUCAGGUUCCUAUGCAGAGUAGAAGUUAAUCACAGAGGGAGCUGUUUUGAACCUGUAUGAAAACAUGCAAGAUCAGCAUGAGAGUGCAAUGUCAAUUCUACACAUCUGUGCAAUAUAUUAUGUGCUUUAAUCAUACAAAAUGAAAUACAAACAGGGUUUUGAAAAAGAUGUUGAAUGCUCCACAUUUUGUAUUAAAAUCCUAUGCCGUAUUUUUGUGGAAUGUGUUGCAGUGCCUCGUGAUGGAUAUUAGACCCACAGAGAAAAUUGUUUGUUAAAUGAAUGACACGUGUGUGUUUCGCAAUUUGAUUAUUUAUUGAGUGACUGUAUUUGUUAUAGCUUCCGCUUUUUAUUUUGUGAAAUUUCUGAAUCUGGCAUGGAAAAGGCAUGACAGCUGUCAAGGCUAUAAACAAUAAAGGACAUAUAUGAAUAAAA